UCGAUGUGAUCGAUAAAAUUUCAGUGAUUUCGUCUGAAAGGCGGAAUUUCACUAAUGCGCUGGCGUUUGGAAGAAAACAUGUUGAUAAGAUUGAUAUCGACCGCUUGAUUUACGUGUCAUUGUGACUAUGUACUUGUCCGGUCAACCAUGUUGUAGAUGUGACCAUGUGGUACGUCAUGUGAACGGACUGUUUGGAUCUGUGCAUGUCAAAUUGUGCUCGUUUCAAGAGUUUUCGAGCCGUUUAUUUUGAAUGUUACAAUAACUAGUACAGAAAAAGCAUCAUAAUGAGGCCCUCCCAGGACUCCGGGGCUCCGAGUCAGAGUUGCUCGUGUACUACUUGUACGUAUAAAAGUGAAUCUGAAAACCCAUCUAUCAAACGAAUCAUAGCAGGAGGAUCGAGAAUCGAUAAACUUUAUUACGGUAAAUAUAUACCGCUAAGAGAGCGAAAGUUGUUAGAUAAAUUAGUCAGAACAAGAGCUGUCUACGACGAUAUCAGGAAUCAACUUUUGUCCGAAAGUGAUGUCAGUAUUAAAGAAAAAGCCAACUUGAAACCGAGAAAACACGUACAGGCGCACCCUAUGGCGGCUACUGAUAAGAGCAGUGCGAUUUUAGAGCUCGUUGAUCUUGUUGAUAAAGGGAAUGUGAGCGGCGGGAAAAAACUGAGCGAAUGCUGUAGUUGCUGCAUCUGCGGUUCCAAACAAGCCCACACCCAUGAGCACACGUCACACAUGCGUCGCCAUAGACAUGCUCAUGGGAAAGCUCACGGUGGUGCUUACACUACGUCAAGAACAAGCAUGAUCCGCAAGAAAAUGGGAGAAGUAAAAAGGAGUGUUAGGUUCAAAGCAAAGUCCAUUAGAUCUGCACCAUGCACAUGUGCAUCUAAAGUCGGCGGCAUGAUUAAACGCCAGUCACAAGAAAUCAUUAAACGAUUAAGACCUGAAGGUUCAAAAGCUAUGCUGGAACAGACUGCGAUAGAGUCUUAUGAACGAACCGCCGGGGGACAGAAGAAGCAAAAAAUAAUGCAAAAAACUUACCAAAAAAUUAGAAGAUCUAAAACCAACUUAAUGGAGAGUAUGGGGGAAGGAGCUAGAAAAUUAAGAGAAUCACAAACAAAAGUAAAAGAACACUUUGGAGCUGAAGCCAAGAAAUCAUUGGAAAGAAUGAAACAUGCAAAACAUAGAGCCAAAGAAAACGUUAAAACUGUUAUUAGAAAAUCUAUGCGUAGAAGGCAACCGCCAUCUGAAGAGUUGAAUUUCGACGAAUUAGAUUUUCCAAUUCCAAAAAAAGAUUCGAUAGCAAAAUUCAAAGAAAGGCUUCAAAGAAAAAAACACGAUCGUGAUUACCACGCAUGCGAACAUGAGUGUGUUGCUGACGAAUGCGUACCUGAGAAUUGCUUUAAAAUUAUAAAGUUGCGAAGAAUUCGACGAGAAAAGAAAGAGAAAGUAAAGCAGGAUAAGUUUGGCGUUGAAAAAAAUGUAAGUGUGUCAUCAGGUGCAUCAAGUGUAGGUUUACAAGCUCAACAACAAGGAGUAGGUGUGACCACAGAAACAGAGCGCACCAAAAAACAAGCAAUCAAAAAGAAGCGACCUUCAGCGGAGCCGCGAAUUAGUGUAGAUCUUGGCAUCAAAAAGACAGGCAUUGAACCUCGUGUAACUGUUACAAAAUCUAGAAAAGUAAAAGAAAACGAAAUGUGCGCUUGUCAGGAAGCACAUUCUAAAGUACCUCCAAAGGAAACUAAAUCGGAUAAAUCUACGACAAGCCUACCACCUGUGGCCUCGAAACCUAAAAAAGGCCAACAGGCAAGUUCGUCUGUUAGUUUAGGAAUAGAGAUUCGUAAAGGCAAAGCUAGAAAAACAUCACAAAAGCAAUCGGAAGUGUCUGGCCAUAUACACAUGAAGAAACAAGGUCGAACUCGACACGCUAAAUUAGGAUCAGAACUAGAAAAAUCCUCACAAACAAAACUGACAUCUUCAAAACGUGAGGCCCGUGCUGGAAGUCAUGCUCUUAAAAGAUGUUUCUGUACUUUGAAGUUAAAAGGAAAAGGAAACCGAUACAGACCGGCAUUAUCUUCUUCAAAACAUACGACGACUGCAACACAGUCAAAAACUUCAACACGCAAAUUAGACCAAAUGGAUAGGAAUGUUGAAGAGCGUGUGCAAACUAAAAAACUAAAUCGUCAGGUCGCCAGAGAACCUGGAAGGGGAAUCACCACAGGAGUAGGUGUUAAACCAAAGCAAAAAUCAGUUUCGAGUUUGACAUCAAAAUCUUUAAGCACAGGCUCUGUAGCUAAUUCACCUAAAAAAAUGGAUAAAACUGAAAAACGUACAUCGUCUUCUACUCGUGCGCUGGAACAAGUAGAAAAUAAUGAAUCUCAAAGACAAAUAGUACGUGUGGGCUCUUCAUUCAGCUUCAGUAUAGAAUUUUAUAAGGAUAAACCUAAAGAUGAAAUAUUGGAGCAGACUCAGGAGAAAGUUGUCGAAGAUCGAGUGAAGAAACAUACUAGAGGUACUGGUAAAAGAAAACGUUUACGCCAUAGACAUUCACAAAUCAGUAGUUCAACGGGAAAAUCGAAAUACACACUGACAAAACACAGUUUGCGUAGAUGUUUUUGUACAUUGAAAUUAGCCAACGCGGGCAAAAAGAAGAUGAAAACGUCACGUUCCCAAGGAAGUGCUACGUCUCCCUAUACUCCAGAUAUACCUGUUAGUGUCAAUAGAGCCAUUGCAACAGAUAAACAUAAACUAUUACCAUACGAAUGUGAACCAGGUAUUUGUGUCCCAGAUGAGUGCGAUCCUUAUGAAUGUCAAAAACUAAUAAAUAAAAGACAGAUGAAACAUGACACCAAACAGUCCAAUACCGACUAUCGAAAAACUAAAUCAACAUCUAGUUUGACUUCAAGAUCUAUACCUAAUAAAACGAAAAAAGUACAAUCUACUACGGCGACAUACGAGUCUCCCAGUAAAAAACAUAAAGAAAAAGGAAAGGCUCUAAGGCGGAUUCGAACAACUCCCAGUAGCCCUGAACGUCAAGUGGUAAGGAUAUCGUCUAGUUUCAGUUUUAACGUAGAAUUUUACAAAGAUAAUAAUGACAAAGCAUCCGUUGCUCCAAUUGACGAGGGUCCCAAAGAACGGCCAUCUAAAUCGUCGGAAAUAACAAAAACCAAUAAAGAUAGGGGUCAUCAAGACAGGAUAAAGAAACGUCAAAAGUCAACAUCAAUGUUGGUAAAGAAAAAAAAUCGAGCUUCUUUUAUUGGACCUGCAAUGAAAAGAUGUUUCUGCACUCUGAAAUUACAGAAAACAAAACAUAACAAGCAAAUACAACAGAUUGACCAAGUAACAACUGGAACUGUUACUCCACAUAGUAACGUUGUGGAUUAUAAAAAUGUCAUGCAUACAAAAGGCACAAAAACCAAAAAGGGAAUACAAUAUGCUUUAGAGCCAUACGAAUGUGAACCAAAUGUAUGUGUUCCGGGAGACUGCGACCCUUACGAGUGUUUAAAAAGAAUACAAAUGCGCCAGUUACGAGAAUCAAGCACAUUGACAGAUAAGGCUAAAAUGAAAUCUGCUACGAGCAUUACUUAUAAAUCAAAGUUUCGAUCUAAAGGUGCUUUGGCCAAAAACAAAUAUACGGGGAAAAAAGUUUCGACUAACAUCGAGAGUGUUGCUGGUGAUAUCGGACAAAAACCACAGCGGCAAGCUGUCCGCAUAGGGUCUGCUUUUAGCUUUAAUAUUGAGUUUCAUAAGGACUUGUCGCCAUCUACUACCAUAAAACGAAUUAAUGUGAAAGAAGAAUUUAAAUCGCUUAAAAAGUUGAAACACAGAGGAUCAAGAGCUCAAGAAACUACGAGUAGCCAUCAGAAUACUCAAGUAGCCGCAAUUAACAAAGCUAACAAAGCAGCCGGUAUUCGACCUAUGCUGAAAAGAUGUUUUUGCACUCUAAAAUUGCAAGAAAAUGAUAAAAAACUUAAAACAAAUAUCAAAGCACCAAAGGUUGUUACUGUAAGCAGAGUAACAGUUAAGGAGACGAAAAUAACUGAUAAUAAAACUCUGAAGAUAUUACCAGCAAAGAAACCCAAUCAAGGUUUGAAUUGGGCUGCUGCAAUGUACAAUAUUAAUUCUUCUAGCACUUUUUCAAAAUCCAGUAUUGCAUUUCAAUAUAAAGAUAUGCAAUCAUAUUUCCACAAAAACCCCGUAUCAUCGAAUCUUUUAUCGCCUAAAGCUAUAAAUAAAUCGCCGUGUAACAUGCUCGCUCAUUCAAGCUUUAUUUUACCGAAUCAACGCACGCAAAUUAAUGAGAAUUACGCAUGUUCUGAAAAUUGUUUAUGGAAACGUGCUAACAACCAUGGAAUUUAUUUUAAACGAAUUAAACGGGACAAAAAAUACAUUACUUCUCAGAAAUCAGCAAAUUUUUCGGAACCACAAGGAAAGUAUACCCUCGAUCAGCAAUAUUUGAAAAUUGUUGGAUAUAAUCAGAUAUCAAAUCGUUAUUACAAUACAAUGAAUGUGCAAGUUCGAGAAAGAAAAAGAAGAAAUCUAAAACCAUAUGAGUGUGAACCAGGUGUCUGUGUGCCUGACGAAUGUGAUCCGUAUGAGUGCGAAAAGCUGAUAAGAAAACGACUAAUGAAAAAAGUUGAUAGAAUGUCUGGUACGAAUAUCAGAUCAAAGUCAACUUCCAGUUUUGCGUCCCAACCAUCUACUUAUUCAAAAUCAAAGAAACUUCAGUCAAAGCGUCCUCCACGCGAAAAAGCUAAGAAAGUACCUGCGGGUGGCAUUAGAUAUGAAUCUGCUCCAAAUCGAAAAAACAGACAAGCUGUGAGAGUUGGUUCCAGUUUCAGCUUUAAUGUAGAAUUUUCGAAAGGUCAAUCUUCACCAGCUAAAUAUGUGCCACGCGAAUCAUCGAGACCCUCAAAGGCUCAUAAGCCAACUAAACCUCCCAGAAAGGCAGUAAGAGCAAAAGGCACAAAAGGAUACGGGAUUGAUCGACAUGACCAAGAUUCACAAUCUAUGACUCUGACCGAAAAUAAAGGUUCUGGAAUGAAACCAAUGAUGCAGAGAUGUUUUUGUACUUUAAAAUUACAGAAAAAAGGUAAAAAUCAAAAAAUUAAGAAAGAAAAGCCAGUUCAGCACGCUUUUGAUAGAGGAACAGCAACUCCUCCCAAUACUUUUAACGAGUUUGUGACUUCAAGGACUAUGAUGAACGCAGGUCAGAAUACAGCAAAUCAAAAGCCACACAAGCUAUUGCCCUAUGAAUGUGAGCCGCAAUUUUGUAUUCCUGGAGAAUGUAAUCCUUAUGAAUGCCUAGAAACAAUUAAACAAAGAAACAAAAAAUUAAGAGAUUCUGGGACGGGUGCAAUGCGUUACAGAACAUCGUCAUCCAGUAACACAGGUCAACGUAUGCGCACACAAGCGAGACAAAUACAGUCAAGUCCACGGAGACAUCAGAGAUCUAGGGAAAGCACUGCAACUCGAUCUAGUAAAGUUGUCAACUUUAGUGACAACAAGUCACGACAAGCAGUUCGUGUAGGAUCAAGUUUCAGUUUCAAUGUAGAGUUUUUCAAAGAAAAUGCUCAAUCAGCACCAUCACCAACUAGAGCUGUCCGAGAGUCUAGCCCGUCUUUUGCCGUUGAACGGGCGCCAAAACAAAAAGUUGCUAAACGGAAAGUAAAAGGCGUCGGACUGCAAAAUGAAAGAAAAUACAAACACAGAGAUUCGCAAAUGGGAAAUGUACUAAGUCAAGUGAAGUCAACAAUGACAAGUUCAUUUAUUAAGCGAUGCUUUUGCACAGCAAAACUUCAUGGAAAAGGAAAACCGCCUAGAAAAGAAAAGGCAAAACCUAAGUUGACUUCAGUAGACAGUAGAGGCUCGCAGGCAACGGAAACAAAAUCAUUUCUGAAAAGAUGUUUUUGUGUAUUAAAACUGAAAAAGGGUGGCACGAAUCAGAAAACGCAAAGAGACCAAUAUGCCAAUACUAAUACGAGACUUGUAAAUCAACCAAUUACUGCAGACAAAAACAUAAUUACCACUCGUUAUAAAAAUCGAUUACAUAAUCUUGAACCAUAUGAAUGUGAACCGGGUAUAUGUGUGCCAGGUGAAUGCAAUCCAUAUGAAUGUGAAAAGUUAAUAAAGGCCAGAAACGUAAAAUUAGAUACGAGAGGAGCGUAUACCGGUAGAGCCAGAACUAGAUCUACAUCAUCGAGCUUUAAAUCAUCCAAAACAUCAAAAGCAAGGAGAACUCAAUCAAACUUUGGAUCUCCAAGUACUAUUUCCAGAAUGCAAUCAACCAAAAAUGUCAAAGAAUCUCCUAGCAAAGCAGAACCUCUUCGUCCUUCUUCAAAUAGACAAGUCGUUCGUAUCGGUUCAAAUUUUAGUUUUAACAUUGAAUUUUACAAAGACCGAUCACCUAAUACAGAAGAGGUUCAGGCAGCUGCGAAAGCUAUUAGACAUAAGCCUCCUCGUCCAGAACCAAGAACUAAAACUGCCAAAACUGGUAAACAACGCAAACCAAGGCAUAAAGGCUCAGAUGGUAAUAGUGUAGCCACUUAUGACCGUGAAUCACAAGCUAAUAGAGCCAAGAUGGAAGAUCGUGCAUCAGGAUUUGGCCCUGCAUUAAAACGUUGUUUCUGCACACUAAAAUUACAGAAACGUAAAAUACCAAAAGGUAAGUACAAUACACAAAAAACGGGAACUGCAGCUAUGAAAGAGAUACCUACACUACAAAAUAGAGCAAUUAUGACAACUGGAAGAAAUUAUAAAUUAAAACCAUACGAGUGUGAACCUCAUGUAUGUGUACCUUAUGAAUGUGACCCAUAUGAAUGUGAUAAACUGAUAAAAAAAAGAAAUUUGAAGGAGACUACCAAAGGCGUAAUGACGAAAAGAGGGAAGCCCAUUGGAUAUAAAUUAGAGCCUUACGAAUGUGAACCAAAUUUUUGCAUUCCUGGCCAGUGUGAUCCCUACGAAUGUGAAAAGCGUAUAAAGAUGCGCAACAUGAAACAUAGGACUUCAGGAACUUCGACAAGAAGAUAUAAAGGAAGAUCUAUUUCCAGCGACAUAAGGCCUACUGGUGGAAGAGCUCGAAAAGUUCAAUCUGCAAAGUACCGCGAUCGAAGAAGGUCAAAAUCUGUAUCUUCUAAACCGUUUCGAUCAAAGAAAUCUCUAGAUUCUGCACGACAAUCUGUCAAAAUAGGAUCUGGUUUUAGUUUUGACAUUGAGUUUUACAAAAACAAAUCGUUAAGUAGUAGACCUGAAAUUAGGCCUGUUAAGCAGAGAGUUAAGCGCACAAAAAGCAUCAGUUCCUCAGCAAGACAGCGCAUGGCUAGGACAAGAAAUAAUAAAAUGCAAUAUCGUAAUCCUAUGCGUGACACAGAAUCUCAAAUUUUAGCUCAAAAAAUGCGUGACACUGGCGUGAAUCCAUUUUUAAAGCGAUGCUUUUGUACAUUAAAACUUCAAAAAUCUGGUAAUAUGGUCUCAAGACAUGCAAUUGGCAGAGCUGCACGUGAUAAGAAUGUGUACAUGGCUACAUUAUUGCCGUAUGAAUGCGAACCUGGAGUGUGUGUACCAGGUGAAUGUGACCCCUAUGAAUGUGAGAAAAGAAUCAGAAGAAGGCAGAUGCGAUCACAACGCUCUGGCACAGAGAGGAGUAGUCAGGACUCAUCAACAAGUUCAGGCGCAAAAUACAGAGCUGCAAAAAAUCAAGCAAUGCGGGAUGCCCAAGCACAAAAACGUCAAAAGGCCACUUAUGCCAAAAGAGAGUACAAAGAAACACGAAGACCUACGCUAAGUAGCCAAAGUUCAUCAAGGCAAGCAAUUAAAAUAGGUUCAAGUUUUAAAUUCGAUGUUGAAUUUUAUAAAGAUAACUCAGCAAAAGUAGACGAGCGGCCACGUACUUACAGGCAACCAGAAAAAAGGAUGGACAAUGCUAAAAUCAAACCGAUGAAAACUCAUACAAGAAGCCGAAGUGUGACCAGUAGUGAUAUUAGACGUCAGAAUUAUAAAAUGCAGACAAGAGGUUCAAAAACGGAAUCCAAAAGUACUGGUUUCGGGCCUUUGUUAAAAAGGUGUUUUUGCACUUUAGCAUUACACAAGCAAAAGAGUCCUCCUACUUCAAAAACUAAAGCGACGUAUAGAAAUGAUGAUCUAUCAGAUUUGUAUCAGUUUAGUAGAAACGUAGGAGUGGGAACAAAACAGAAAUUUCACAAGCUAAAACCAUAUGAAUGUGAACCUAAUGUGUGUAUCCCUGGUCAAUGCGAUCCUUAUGAAUGCUACGAGAGAAUUAAACGCAGAUUAAAAGAUUCAGGCACAGAGACGCCGAGACCUAGAAAGAGGUACGCUUCAAGUUUAACAUCAAAACAAGCCAAAUAUAAAUCAGCAAAUACUCAGGCAAUGAAAGAUAGACACCGGAGAGAGAGACCCACUAUGACAUCAACAAUGAGAGAGUGCAGAAGAAAGCAAUGUGCUCCACGAUGUUCAGGUAUCUCGGGUGAUACUAAUAGGCAAGCCGUUAAAAUUGGAUCUAACUUUAGCUUUUCCUUGGAAUUCUACAAGGAACGACCAAAUACAAUUAAAAUCCCAAAAUCUGUAUACAAAAUAAAGGGUUUAGAUGAAAAGCCAAAAAAAUACAAAACCAAUAAAACUAGUCCUUCUCAAAAAACAUUUUCGAGCAGAAAAUCACAUGCUGGCAAAGGAUCAUACAACCAAAAAUGUCAAGCAGACUGUGUUAAGAAUAAGUCCAGAGGUACUACUAUGGGGGCUUUUAUAAAAAGGUGCUUUUGUACUCUCAAUUUACAUAAAAAUGCAGCACAAAGAGGAAACACCGAAAGUAGGAGAAAAAUAAAACAACCGAAAGUCAAAAGGCCACCAGAUUCUACAAGACAAGCCAUGGCUCAAACUAAAGAAAAAUACACCGCCCACAAAACCUUACCCUAUAAACUGAAACCAUAUGAAUGUGAACCUAAUAUUUGUGUUCCUGGCGAAUGCGAUCCAUAUGAAUGCUUAGAAAGAAUAAAGCGAAGAAAUAUAAGACGCCAUUCCCGCAGGACUGGUACACACAUGAGAUCUUCCCAAGUAUCAGUUUCUAGCAUGGCUUCAAGAAUUCCUCGCUCAUCAAGACGCGUUCAGUCAGGUAUGAAGAGAACGCGUAUGGUAUCGCAUCCGCAGCAAGUGCCUCGAGUGGUCGAACAACCAAGAUUUGCAAACAUGUUCGAUUCUAACAGAACAGGUGUAAAAGUUGGUUCCAAUCUUAGCUUCAACAUUGAGUUUUAUAAAGACAAAACACAAGCCCCAACCGUCGAUACCCAAGAACGUUACGAAGACUAUAGACCUAAAGAACCUAAAUUAAGACGUAUGCCAAGAAGGUCAACCUUUUCAGAAUCUAGACCUAAAGGAAUACAUAAAGGUAUAGGUGACAAAGCUUGUGAUCGACGAACCUGUGAUACGCAAGCUGAAAUGAUUAUGAAAAAUAAAGCUGCUGGAGUGAAUAACAUGCUUAAAAGGUGCUUCUGCACACUAAAGCUCCAGAAAAAUGCAAUGAAAGGUCCUAAGGUUUAUACCGUGAAUAGAGUAGCCAUUGAAGAAGAUUACAGAAUGGGUUACAAGCGCGCUCAAGGAAUGACAAAAAAACCAUCUAAUCCAUUGCUAAAACCAUUACACACAAAUAAUGAUAACACAGGUAAUUUGUUCAAACGCAAACGAGAAACAUAUGACAGAAAUCAAAAGUUUCGUGCCAAGGAACAAUAUCAUAACACACAUCCAUUUAUAGACUCAAAAGAAAUGAAAACUCUUUAUCCAUACAUCCCUAAUAAGUUUAACAAAAAUAUAAGUAAAACUAUUCUGCUGCGUACUGCAGAAGAAUAUAAAAAUAAUACUGCUAAGAAAUCAAAUAUAUUUAAUCAAAAAGUUCAAUUUGCGUCAAGAGAAAGAAGACCGAAUAUUUCAGCCAAAAACGAUAAAGCAAACGAAAAUGAUGAUAAAAAAUCUGUUUUAAAAAGUCUCUUUUCACGACUAUUUUCAAACAAAAAGUUUAAAGAAAAGCAGAUAGAAAGUAAAAUUGUCACAACGAAACAUAAUGCAAACAAGCAUUUAUUGAAACCAGACGUUUUGAAAUCUUCUAAAAGUGAUCGUCGACCAACAAUUGUUAAAGCAAUGACAACACCGAAGAAAACAACGAGUUUAAAACUGACCAAGAUGUCGGAAAAGAUGAGAACACCUAAAGAUGAAAUAAACAUGUGUCUAAGGCAUAAAAAGUUCUCCCACUACCAAUCAGGUGACACUGCUCAAUUAUCUGCAACAGCAAAUAAACGACUCGUACCAGGGUCGCUUUAUCCAAAUGGUGACAAAUUAUACUCUUCAAAUUUUCAAGCGACAUCAAACCAUAAACCUUAUAUUCGGUCGCCAUACGAAACCGACAAAAUAAUACAAAUGGCAUUAAUACAACCAUCUAAAAGUAAUAAAAUAAACAAAAAGAAGGUGAACACUACAACGAAUACUCAAGUGAAAAAGACUCGAACAAAAGGUGUUGAUACAUGUUGCGACAAUCCUAAUACUAAUAAUGAUGGUAUAUUGUCAAAGUGUUUGUGUUUCAUAAAUAAAGUCAAGAGUAAAAAAAAUAUGAAGACUAAAAUUCAGAAUGGAACUUCAGAGACAGGUGAUAAGAAAAAGAAAUUUAAAGGUCCUAAUGUAGUAUCAGAUAUUUGUCCUUGUCCCAAUAAAAAAGAUAAAAUGUCGUCAGGCGACAAAAAAAAUGCUGAAAGAUGUCUCUGUAAGGCAUCUAAUAAACACAAAGGUAAAAAAGAAGUGGAGAUUAAUGAAGUUGCAGGGACAGGUAAAAAACAAAAGAAGAAAUCGGCUUCACCGGCAGGCGAUGCACCCGAAAUGACCAAAGAUAAAAAAGGAAUCCUUAAAAACAAGAAAACCAAAUCAGGUAAUUUAUCCAAUGACAUAAGUAUCGGCGCUAAUAUAACAUGUUCCCAUGCUGAACCAUGCCCUUGUUGUAAAAGCAAGAAAGGUCAACACAAAAAAGAUAAAAUAAAACCUGGAACUACGGAUGGGGAGGUUAAAACCAAAAAAGGUAAAUUAAAACCAGGAACAAAGGGUGGGGAGGGUAAAAGUAAAUCUAUGAAAUAUGUAAGCAGCAGAAAACAUCUAAUGAAAUCAAAGCUAGGAAAAAAACCGUACGGCGCAAAAAUUACAAUAAAAGCAAAAGGAGAUCCAAGCAAUCGUGGGAAAACGGACAUAAGUGGAUCUGGUACACCGAAAAUGGAUGGCCCUUGUAUUUGUGGAAUGAAAGUUUGUGAUAGAGAGUCAAAAAAGAUGGAAGUAUUUAAAAAGAAAGAAAUUUUGAGUAAAACCCCAAGACCUUGCAUUUGUGGUAGUGAUAUUUGUGCUCUAGAAUGGAGAAAGAGAGAGGAAAAAAGGGAGAGAAAAAUAUCAAAGGCCAAAAAAUUCAUUUGCGAGUGUGGAGAAGAAUUAGAGAAACAAAAAAAUUUGUCCAAAGAGAAAAAAGAAGCUGAAAAGAGAAAGAUGUUGGAAGAACAGGCUCUUUUAAAGAAAUAUAAACAAGAAGACAAAAAGCGGAAGGAAGAAAGAUUAAAAGCUGAAAAACUAGCUGAAAAGCAAGCACAGAGAUACAAAAAAACAGCUGACGGUGUACUUGCAGCUGAGUCAUGUUUAGAUAUACUUAAACUAGCUCUCACGACUGGAGGCGAUGUGGCGCGUUGUUCUUCAAGGGCUCUUAUGAAUCCUCGUAUGACUUACCACAAUCUACAAGAACUCGCAAAGAAUCCAAGUCGUGGAUUUGCUGCCAUGGGCGACGCGGUGAGUGGCAGUGGCGUAUUCUCUACUUGCAAAAGAGUGAGGCAGAGGUGUUGUGCUAUGAGAGCAAUGCGAAAACUGAGGAAAAAAAUGGAAAGCAAUCCAGUGACGUACUUUAUGUUGCACGCUGCUGACUCAGAUCCAAAGAAACGACUUACUUUCAAGAAAAAGAAAAAAAUGAAGCGCAGAAGAGAACCCAUUGAUUUUGAAUGCAGUUUGUUUAUGGCUUCCUUGAGGAGGAGGCCCUGCCUGGCUGUUUAUUACACCUGCCCGUGGUUCUACCCUCACUGCCUUAGCAUGCUGACGCUGUGGAAGCAAUUCACCGAUGUCAUGCUAUUCCUGAUUGCGGUCACCGUCUGGAGUCCUUGCAUCGUAGGGAUGGAGAUAUGCAGGGCUUUCGUGUGCUGCUUUUUCUGUACUGGUUAAAUGUUGCUUUAAAUAAAGUA